AUGUCCGGUCAUCAUUAUUAUUAUCGUCGGUGUUUUUCAUUAAAACGAACGAGUGAAUUUGCUCAACAUUGGUUUCGUGAACGUGCAUCAUCCUUAUCACGUCGACAUCAAUCUCUCAAACGUGAUACUUCAUCGACUAUCGAUAUCAGUCAGAAGAACAUUGGCCUAAGAAUGGCCAAAAAAAAUUAUGAUCUUCUAUUUAAAUUAUUAUUAAUUGGUGAUAGUGGUGUUGGUAAAACAUGUAUUUUAUUUCGGUUCUCUGAUGAUUCAUUUAAUUCUUCAUUUAUUUCCACAAUUGGUAUUGAUUUUAAAAUAAAAACAAUCGAACUUAACGGACGAAAGAUUAAAUUACAGAUAUGGGAUACUGCCGGUCAAGAGCGAUUUCAUACAAUUACAACAUCAUAUUAUCGUGGAGCAACAGGAAUAAUGCUUGUUUAUGAUGUAACACAAGCUAGAUCAUUUGAAAAUAUUAAUAAAUGGCUACGUAAUAUUGAUGAUCAUGCAUCCGAUGACGUUGUUAAAAUGCUUAUCGGUAAUAAAUGUGACAUGGACGAUAAACGUUGUAUUACUCGAGCACGCGGUGAAGCAUUAGCACGUGAACAUGGAAUACCAUUUCUGGAGACAUCAGCCAAAAAUAAUAUUAAUAUAGAAAAAGCUUUCUUCGAAAUAUCACGACUUAUAUUAAACAAGACUCCAUUAAAUUCAUCUGAAUCGACAACUGGAGGAUCGAUUGGUGUAUUACAAGGAAAUAAACAAACGAAUCAAUCGAACUGUAUGAAUUGCAUGUAA